UAUAUUUAUCUGUGAUGUUGCACACAUAUACAAAUCAUCACCGGUCACUAGUCAGUAUAAAUCCAUUGCAUAGUGUGGGUAUAUAUCGCCCGGCGUAUGAAAGAGAUAUUUCAGGGAGCGGCUGCAUUUCCUCGCAAGGAAAAUAAAAACAUGCAAUAGCAGGGAUGAAGAAAGGGAAUUGGCGUGACAGGGGCAGGGACCGUAGGCGACUCGGUUACCGCUCUGACGGGCAAACGGACAGGACACAGGAACAAAGGUAUGGCAGCAGUGAAGCAGGCCCCUCCUACAGAGACAGGACCCCAGAGAAUAGGUCUAUUUCUGAUACUGCAGCCUCCUCGUCCUCCUCUUCGUCCUCCUCCUCCUCCUCCGCUGCUCCAGAGCUGCCGGGGUUCUACUUUGACGCUGAGAAGAACCGUUACUUCCGUCUGCUGCCGGGCCACAACAACUGUAACCCUCUGACCAGAGGGCUGCUGCAGGAGAGAGAGCAGGAGAAACACAGGGCCAGGAUGAUCACUGAGGACGAGAGGCCCAGGAAGAAAGCACCAAGAGCAGGCCUGAACUCAGCUCUGUUGCUGCAGAAAAGACACCUGGGUCUGCUACCUGGGAACUCUUACAGUAGGCUGAUCCAUGAGGUGAAGGUGAGUGGGAUGAGACGUCACAGACUGGAGGUCCAGAGCUCUGAAAGCAGCAGUCCCAACACAGACCACUUUAGACUCAUAGUGGGUGACUCUGCAUGUGAGCGAGUGUUCACGGUUAACGACGUGUCUCACGGAGGCUGCAAGUACGGCAUCAUGAACUUCAGAGGCUGCAGCAGGGGCUCCCUGUCUGUCAAGAUGUGUGACAACCUCUACUUUACAAAUAGAAAGGUGAACUCUAUCUGCUGGGCCUCCGUCAGCCACUCUGACUCACACGUCCUCCUGUGUCUGGUGGGCAUGGCAGAGACUCCUGGCUGUGUCAGUUUACUACCAGCCUCGCUCUUCAGUAACUCCAACCCAGACCAGCCGGGGAUGCUGUGUAGUUUUAAGAUCUCUACAGCCUGGUCCUGUGCCUGGUGUCUCAACCCUCAGGCUGACAAAACAUUUAGCACGGGUCUGUCUCGCAGGGUGAUAGUGACGGACGCAGUGACGGGCAGGAGACAGACCUAUGGCAUCAGCAGUGAUGUGCUGGCACAGCAGUUUGCCCUCAGGGCUCCGGUCUUGUUUAAUGGCUGCAGGUCAGGAGAGAUCUUCAGUAUCGACCUGCGUCAGAGAGGCAGACGGGACCACAGCUGGAAGGCCUGCAGGUUCUCCCAGGACUCUGCUAUCACCUCCGUACGAAUACUACAGGAUGAGAACUACCUACUGGCCGCGGACAUGAUUGGAGAGAUCAAGCUGUGGGAUGUACGAGUAACAAAACCAGUGCGGAAGUACGAGGGUCAUCAUAACCAACACGCCUACUUACCCCUCCACGUCAACGAAGCUGAGGGACUGAUGAUGGCUGUGGGUCAGGACUGCUACACCCGUCUGUGGUCUCUGGGGGACGGCCAGCUCCUGAGGACCAUCCCAUCUCCCCACCCUGCUGGAAAGGACAUGAUCCCCAGCGUGGUCUUCUCUUCUCAGCUUGGAGGCAACAGAGGCCUGCCUGGUCUCCUCAUGGCUGUCAGGCACGAUCUGUACUACUUCCCUUAUAACAGUGACUACCAGGAGGGAGGAGGGGUAGUGACUGAGGCAGCCUGCUAGGGGGGGGCUCG